GUGCUACGCUACUUAUAGUACUUAUUUUUUUUUCUUUUUCGCUUCAUUAAUCAACGGAAUUGCCAUCUCCAACGAGAACAAAGUGGUCAUUGAAACAAGAACCACCACAGCAACACGUGUUAAUAGUUAUAGGUACAUGUCAAAACAAAGACGAUAUUUCGUUUAUCCACUCAAAUAUGAAUUUUAAAAGUAAACUUUUAACUAAAUAAAAUUAUACACAAUAACAGACUGUUUAUUUUAAUAGGGUUUUAAUAGAGUGGAACAUGUCUAAUCGUGGUACUUUAAUAUUAUUAGUGAUAUGCGGGUUUUUCUUUACUGACAGUGUUGGGUUCGGUGCGGAUUUGGGGGUUCUAGAUAUAAUCAAGUUGACAAAGUUCGUUGUGGAGGGUAUAGGAAAGGCUUGGAAUAUCGUCGAUCAACGGGUGGAUUUUUCUAGUAUUCCUAUACCGAUUUUGGAUAAGACUGAAGCAAAACUUUUUGGAAAACUCGAUGUAAUUACGCUGAAGAUUGAUGAACUGGCUGUGAAUAUUGAAGGGGCAGGUACCAACACCAUCGCCAUGGUACUUCACAAUUUGCCUGACCGUGUUCGUCUCGAACUACGUCUCAACGAUUUGCUGAAGUACAUGACGCAAACGGACGUCAACUUCAGAAGUUUCCAACGGUAUACUGUACACCACAACGAUUUCGAGAGACUGACGUUAGAGGACUUCGCCAGAGUCGUCGUCGGCCAUGACAGCAACUCCGUGGUCAAUCUCAUAGAGAGGAUACACACUUUCGUGGCACCUACGGGUAGAGGAAUAGCCGAUACAGGAGUGCUGGAGUUGCUGCUUAAAGAUCUCACGGAAGUUGAAGGCGACAUGUUGUGCAACUCGAAACAAUCACCGCAACAAGUUUUGUACAACUUAUAUAACGCAAUUGCUCUAACAGAGUUGAAGGGCUACUCCAUGAUACAGUUUUCGUAUAUGCUACUGAGACUGUACAACAAAGGUAAUUUUACGACCGAAUCACAAAUAAUGCGCCAACGGUUCGAAGAAAGAACCAACAGUGCUAUGGAGAUUGUAAAAAAAUCGAUGGCGGACGCGUCUAGGCAGUAUUGGAACUGUGACCCCAAAAGACACAUAAAAGGCGAAACCUAUGAAGAGAUUACUCAACUAUUGCAAGGAUACGUCCAGAACGAGGUCGAUCUGAAUCCAGAAGGUACUUGCAGGGAAAAUUGCGCUGAAUAUGCCUACACCAAAAGUCACGGUUGCUUUGGGAACCAAUACUGCAGACAGCAAAGGCGAUGCAACGGCAAAAUCCUGGAUUGCAGAUAUUUCGAUUCUGACAUGUGGAUUUGUCCCGCGGACCCAUUGAGCGGUAGAAGAUACGAAUACAUCGAAUACGAGAACGGUAGAGUGUUGGGUAGAAAGCAGAGUUGCCAACACGGUACCAACAAAGUCGACAGCUGGUGGAGGUGGCUCUUUUGGCACUGUUCGUACUGUUUCUGUUUAUGCGACGAACAGAGCAGCAAUUCCGACAGAUACGUCAACAUGCGACCUGCCAUCUCCAACCUAAGCAGUAACAUGGUUGUUACUGGUUUGAGAUUCGUUAAAAAGAAUCGGAUCAUCCACAUACAAAUCCAAGAGGGAAAACUACUGCCUAGAGGUAACAUAGAUGCCAGCACCGUGAGAUGGGUACCCGUGGAAGAUUAUAAAAUAACCGAUAGGAAAAUCUACAAUGGACAAGACUAUCAUACGUUUAGUUGGGAAAAGAGGGCUGUGGAUUUGGACGAUUUAGAAGCGGAUGAAGGGCACGUAUUAACAGGUGUCAGAUUUAAGGAAAUAGGAUCUCAUCUUAAUUUCGAAAUAUUCGUUACGAAAUUCGAUUUUGAUAGUGGGAAACUUAUCAAUCCAACUAGUACCAGCGUUUGGAAGGACAAUUCAAACACCGAUUCAUCCACUACUAACCCAAGAAAGAAAGUAUGGUUGGUCACUCCAGACAUCCCCACUCGAACCACCUCGCCCUCGAUCCCCACAUCGAAAUCGGACGAGUACAUCGAACUCGUCAACUCGGACAUCGACAGAGACGCCGCCCAAACGACCGUCCCCUUCUUGGACGCCCAAAAAUUGGAAUCGUUGCAACCCGUGCCGCUCAGUGGCGCCGGCAUCUUCCACAAGGGCCGAAAAUAUUUCGGCGGGUUUAUCACCCUCAAGGUCAUGACGUACGACUAUAGUAGACACAUUCGGGCGGCGCUUUCCGACGAGGAAGUGGAGACCAAUUGAAAAGACGUCGUGUAGGUGCGUUAUGAUUUGGGGGGACAUCGUUGCGAGUUCUGUAGGGGUUGCGUUUUCUGCAUAGUAAAUAUUUUUAACUAUUUAACGAAUAAUUUUUCAAUAACAAAUCAAAUUUCUUUGGUAUGAUUGGUCAAUUAGUUUCGGAAAAACUUUUUCCAUCUUCUGGUGCAGUCACUGUUAAUUAAAAACAUUGAAGGACAUAAAAACAAUUAAUUUUGGUCGCUGUUAUGUCUAUCGACGUUGCCGUUUAAUUAUAAGUUUUUGGAGAAUUAUUGGGCAUACUUACAUGCGGUGCGGUGUUGCCAGAUCUGAUCUACCCCCAGAUUUGGGUGAAAUUGAUGAAAUUGUGCUUAAGUGCCCCAUAUUCUACUGUGACGGCUCCAGAAGAUAAAACUUUUUUAAAACUACCAAAGAAGUUUCUUGUUUUUGAAAAAUUCUACUAAGAUCAGGAAAUUAUCUUCUUUUUAACGAGAAAUGUGUGGGUAAUUUGUGAUAUUAGUGAUGUGUAAAUGUUGUGAAAUGUAUGAGCGGUAAACUUUUUUUAAUACUAACAGUACAGAUUAGUAAUAUUUUGAAUUUGACAGAAUUCGAGCGAAAUGUAUCUCGUUAUAAAAGAGGUUUUUUCUUGUGUGGAUAAUAGAGGGUGUGUUUUUAAAAUACAUGUACUUAUUAAAACAGUUCUCGAAUGCGCAAAAUAUUAUUUAUUAAAAAUACCUGUUUUAAAUUUUAAAAUGUACGUACGCCGCUGCCAUGUUUAGAUAGCUAAUCAGAAAUACUAAAUACUACGUUUUUAAAAAGGGGUACAUUUAAAUACUCACAUUUUUAGACGUAGAACUACAAACUUUAAUAACAGUACUUUUUAUAGAAAAUAUUUUGGAACCUCUAGGUGCAUUUGAACUACUCACUUUAAUUACAGAAAAUGUAUCAGAAAUAUGGUUUUUAAACGUGGUAUAUUUGAACUACUCACUUUAAUUACUGUACAUUUAUCAGAAAUAUGGGUUUUAAAAGUGGUCAAUUUGAAACAUACUCGUAUAUUUUAACGUUGUUUAUUUGAACUAUUCCAUUUAAAAAUUGACAAUUAACCAUAAAUACAAUUUUAGUACGUGGUACUUCUAACUUUAAUUACAGUAAAUUGAUCACAAUUUCGAUUUUUAAAGAACUACUUACUUUAGUAACAUCAAAUUUAUCAGAAAAUGGAUUUUAAAAAGUGGUACAUUUGAACUAGUCACUUGAUUUAUUGGAAAUUUAUCAGAAGUACAAUUUUUGAACGCAGAAUAUAUGCAUUUCUAAUUAUAUAAAUAUUAUAUAAACUACUAACUCUAUUAUCGCAAAUUUCGUAGCAUUUAAACGACUUACUUUAAUUACCACAAAAUCAUCAUUUGAAUUGCUCACUUUAAUUGAUCCGAAGUAACAUUUUAGAACGAGAAACAUUUGGACUGCCAUAUGAACUGCUAACUUUAAUUACCACAAAUUACCCAAAAAUAAGAUUUUUAGAGGGUAUAUUUUAACUACGAUUUUUUUAAAAGGAGGUACAUUUGAACUACUUUAAUUACAUCAAAUUUAUCAGAAAUACGAAUUUUUAAUAGAAGAUACCUUUAAUUAUAUUAAAUUUAUCAGAAUUAUUUUUAAAAUUGUUACAUUUGUGUUACUAACUUUAAUUGAUCAAAAGUAUAAUUUUAGAACGAGGAACAUUUAAAUUAAUAUUUAUGAAAGUGGUACAUAUGAGAACUACAGAUUUUAAUUACAGCACAUUGAUCAGAAAUACAAUUUUUACUCACUUUAAUUGCAUGAAAUUUAUCAGAAAUAUGAUUUUUUAAACUAGCAUAUUCGAACUACUUGUAAAAUUUAUCAUUAUUCGUUUUUAAAUGUUGUACAUUGGAGUUACCCAAUUUAAUAAUGGUUAAUUAAACAGAAAUAUAAGGUAAAUAAAUUUCUAAAAAAAUGUAGUUUGAGAAUUGCACAGUAAAAUUAGUAUAAUAUGCUCCUAUCAGUUUUAAUACGAACAUGUAUUUCAAAAACACCCUUUAUUUGUAUCACAUUAGACCACCUAUUACUACUCUACUCAGUUGUAAUUUGCGAUAUUGUUCAUAUUGGAACCCUUUUUUUUUGUUUGUGUAAUGACUACAUAAACGAAUGCGUGAAUGAUUACGCACCUCAAAUAGAAUACUUGUAAAAUGAAAAUGUAAUUAUUAGGUUAUAUUUUUUAACCCUUUUAUAUAGUCUAAAUCAAAAUAUGUUUUAAAUAUUGAUUUAUUUAAUUGGUAGUGAUUUUACCCUACUGUGAUUAUUGAAGAAAAAAGUCAGAAGUCGAAGCCAUUCUACCAUUUUUUUAGGUUUAAGAUUUUUUUGUAGAAAUGCAUAUUUUUGUGAUAGAAAUAAAGAAAUUUUAUUCUAUA